AAAAACACGACCUCGAACCACUGAGUUUACGAACCCAUCGCACACAGCACCACAUCCUCCAUCGGCACCUAAGUCGUAACGUAAGUCGGGUCUUAACUCCAUCGGCACCUUAGGACUCGCCGCACCACCUUGUUUCUCCGCGUCCCUCCCUUUCGCUCCCUCUGCUGUACCCGCUCCUCGUCCGGCCGUCGGAAAUAGUGAGUCUCUCUGCCUCUUCUUUAUAACUUCGGCGUCAGACAACGGGCUCCUCCGACGGCGGUCUCUCCUCAGCGGCCUUUCCACCUACCCUUCCGCCACGGGGCUCAGGCGCGUUUGUCUUCCUCCGGCCGGCGGCAGCAGCUACAGAGGAAGUAUAUAGUGUGUGAAGAAAGAUAAAUCCUCCCUCAGAUCUGGAAUCGUCUUGUACACUCGGCCAGACUUUUUGAAGACGGACAAGUGGCGGCCCUAUCCUCCCUCAGAUCGGUUGGAAACUUGUAGGCUCAUGAUUCCAUAUUCUGUGCAAAUACAGAUGCGCAUUCGAUGGGGCGCUCUUGUCCUAGCGAAGCGGGCGGUCUCUUCCUCACCUCAACUCAGUCGGAGACUAAAGCAAACAGAGAAUGAAAUCGUUCGGAUGUUCAAGCUUCCGAGCCUUGAAAAUGGCGGCAUGAACUCGCUGACGGUCCGGGAUCGUCAACGCCUAGGCCGUCCGUUGGAUGAGAGGUUCUUGAGAAUAUUGAAGAUCUUUAAAUGGGGGCCGGAUGCGGAGAAGGCCUUGGAGGUGCUGAUGCUGCGGGUUGAUCACCGGCUAGUCCUUGAAGUCCUGAAAACUGAUGUCGAGAUCGGUGUGAAGAUGCAAUUCUUUCACUGGGCCAGCAAAAGGAAGAAUUUUGAGCACAAUGCAGCAACGUACAUGGCCUUGAUUCGCUGCUUGGAUGAAGAGGGAUUGUUUGGCGAGAUGUGGAGAACUAUACAAGAGACGGUGAGAAGCCCUUGCAUAAUUAUGCCGGUUGAGCUUUCGGAGAUCAUUCGCAUCCUUGGUAGGGCGAAGAUGGUGAAUAAGGCAUGCUCGAUCUUUUAUCAGAUAAAGAUUCGCAAGUGUGAGCCGAAUUCUCAUGCCUAUAACAGCAUGAUCAUCAUGUUGAUGCAAGAAGGCCACCAUGAGAAGGUGCAUGAGCUUUACAAUGAGAUGUGCAAUCAGGGCAACUGUCUUCCUGACACGGUGACUUACAAUGCGCUGAUUAUGGCAUUCUGCAAGCUAGGUCGUGAGGAUUCGGCUUUUAGGUUGCUCGAGGAGAUGAAAGAAAACAAGUUGCAACCUACUACAAAGAUCUAUACUACCUUGAUGGAAAUGUAUUUCAAGUCGGGGAAUGCGGAAAAGGCAAUGAAUCUGUUGCAAGAUAUGAGGGAUCAGUGUUGUGUGCCAAAUGUUUUCACUUACACGGAGUUGAUAAAGGGCCUUGGGAAAGCUGGAAGAACAGAAGAGGCUUAUGAAUUUUUUCUUCAAAUGCAAAGAGAAGGUUGUAAGCCGGACAUAGUCCUAAUGAAUAAUCUCGUGAACAUCUUGGGCAAGGCUGGGCGAUUGGAUGAUGUUGUUAAGCUGUUUGAGGAAAUGGAAAGUUUACACUGUCUCCCUAAUGUGGUUACGUACAAUACUGUCAUCAAGGCCCAUUUUGAUUCCAAGGCACGCGUGUCUGAAGCUGCUUCCUGGUUGGAGAAAAUGAAGGAAAAAGGAAUCGAACCCAGUGCAUUUACUUACUCAAUUCUUAUCGAUGGGUUUUGCAAAACAAAUCGAGUGGAGAAAGCCUUGAUGCUUCUUGAGGAGAUGGAUGAGAAGGGCUUUCCUCCGUGCCCAGCAGCCUACUGUAGCUUGAUUGAUGCUCUCGGGAAAGCAAAACGUUAUGAUGCAGCAACUGAAUUAUUUCAGGAACUAAAAGAGAACUGUGGUUCUUCCACCUCUAGAGUCUAUGCCGUGAUAAUCAAGCAUUUCGGUAAGUGUGGCCGUCUGAAUGAUGCGGUAGCACUUUUUGAGGAAAUGAAACAACUAGGGUGUGUCCCCGAUGUCUAUGCCUACAAUGCCCUCAUGUCUGGUAUGGUAAGGAUGGGAAUGAUGGAUGAAGCACAGUCGAUGCUUCGAGCAAUGCAAGAGCAGGGUUGCGUUCCAGAUAUAAAUUCUCUCAAUAUCAUUUUGAAUGGCGUGGCAAAGUCAGGUGGACCAAUACGUGCCAUGGAGAUGCUCUCAAACAUGAAACAGUCCAGUUUCAAGCCAGAUGCUGUGUCAUACAACACAGUUCUCGGUGCUCUUAGCCAUGCUGGAAUGUUUGAGGAGGCCGCUAAACUGAUGAAAGAAAUGAACUCGAUGGGGUUUCAGUACGAUCUAAUUACAUACUCAUCAAUACUCGAGGCAAUUGGAAAAGUCGAUGAUGUAUCUGCUAAUUCAGUUAGCUAAAGGCCGUGUACGAUUCUCCUUCAUCUUUUCACCGGCUUUAGCUUAUAUAUAUAGCUGGUUUCACGAAACUCUUGUUUUGUUCUGGUAAGUAUCAUUACUGAUAAAAGAAAUGCUUUACAAUUGUUUCAGCUAAUUAAUCCAUAAAACUUCUCCGAAA